UCCAUUCAAAAGGAUGGCACAAGAUGAAGGGAUACAUCGGGUUUCAAUUCAGCAACCCGUGACGUCACGAUUUGCCACCCCUCAAAUAAAAACAAAGUAGAAGGGGGUGCGCUUCACCCCCACCCCCGAUCGGCCAGUCGCGCCGCUGUCAUCGCGUCGCGCGGACGUGUCCGCUACGUCUGUGUUCCUUAUAACAAUGCUCGUGGUCACAUCUCAUGUGAUAUAUUAUAUCUAGAUUAUACUACACGUAAUUGUGUUCCUUAAAAAAUUACGGAAUUUAAAAAUAAGUACGACUUUCAUUCAAGAACGAAUUGAUCGAAAUUCUGAAAUCCGCAUCGACGGAUGGUUCCAUUGGGUUAGAGCAUUGAUUGAAUAUAUCACAGUUCUCUGUUUGCGAAAUCAGACGAAAAUUCAAAUACAAAAAUGUGGCAGUUCGAGGACUCGGAGAUAUAUUCCAUCGGCAUGAUCCAUCCCUCACACAGCCGGAAUUCCGGCCUCUCCAUGUUGUCCGGUGUCUCACAAUUUUCAGGUAUUUCGACGUUGUCGGGGUGCGGAAGUCCAGAAGCGCUGGAGCGGCUACCGGAGAUGCCGGCGGCGGAGGAACGGCGGUUGCGGCGCGCGGCUCUACUGCUGCAACAGCGGCUCGUGCUGCGCCAGUGGCUCGUCACGCACCGCCUGCAGCACGCGUAUUCCAAACUGCUCAGCCUGGACGUGUGCUCGCUGGAGGACGUGUACUGGCUGGAAGACUCCACAGCACGCCACGUCAUCGACCCCAAGGACUUCAGUGCCUGGUGCGCAGCGCGCCAGAGCCUGCCCACUGGCAAGGAGGCCCUACUCAGUCUCAAGGCCGACCUCUGGAGCACUGUUGUCAAGAAUAGCAAGCAUCAGGACGCUUGGACAUGGGGCGGCAUGCUGGUGGUGUCGGUGUCGGUGUGCGGACUGGUGACGUUGGCGGCGAUGACGCAGCCCUCGCUGGCGCCCGAGGCCAAGCACUCGCUGCUGCAGUACGUCACCGGGAAGUACCUGCACCCGCCCAGCUGCAAGGUGGAGUGGGGGUGGCAGGAGCCGCAGCCGGUGGGCGAGACCAUGUGCUUCACCGUGCUGUGCUACCAGCGCAACGGACACCCCUACCCCGUGUGCGACACCGACCAGCUCGUCGUCAACAUCACGCACGGCACCAGGAAGAUAUCGGCGGUGCUGGAGCUGGGCUCGGGCGACCCGGCGCUGGCGCACACGGCGCGCGUCAAGUUCACCGUGCGCACCGCCGGACUCUACAUCAUAUCUAUCAUGAUCGGGGGCGCGCACGCGGCGGGGGGUCCGUUCCGCAAGUGGUUCGCGGCGGGCCGGCCGGCGGCGCGGCGGUCGCGGGUGGGUCGCGCGCCCGCCGCCCUCGUCUGCACGGCGGGCCGCCCGCGACAGCUGCACGUGCACCCGCGCGACCAGUUCGACAACCCCGCGCCGCUCGCCACCGGCUUCUCCAUCGAGAUAAAGUCCGUGAGCGGCGAGGUGGACGAGAAGCUGUCGUCGGGCGCGGUGUUCGAGUACGACGCGGUGAACCAGCGCGCGGCCGUCGAGCUGUGCUUCCCCGAGCCCGGCGUGUACCGCGCGGCCAUCUACUACGACGGCGCGCUGCUGCACAACGGGGAGUUCGACUGCAUCGUGCUCACAGCGAGCGAGGCGGCGACGGUGCAGCGCGCGGUGUGCGGGCGACGCGCGCAGGCCAGCUUCGAGGCGCGUCUGCUGGGCCCCGCGCGGCCCCGCAAGCUGCUGCUGCUGCUCAACAACAAGCACCUCAUGCUCAAGGACUACGUGCUCAAGUUCAUACCCAAGCGCGUCACCACCUACAGGCUCUGCCCCUCCACUAAGCUGACGCUGCUGCCGCGGUCGGGCGCGGGCCCGGGCGGGGAGUUCACGCUGGAGGACGGGGCGCAGGCGGUGCGGCUGUACGCGCCGCAGCGCGACCUGCUCGCCGCCGCCUUCACGCAGCUCCUCAUCGCCAACUGCGGCGGCGAGGACUCCUUCAAGAACAAGCAGGAGUUCUUCUACAGCGAGAUGCGCAAGGCGCACGCGCGACACCCGCACGACAAGCUGCCGCUGCGCGUGGUGCGCGCCGAGCUGGUGCGCAGCAGUCUGCGCGCCACGCGACACUUCACCGUCGCCGACUGGUGCCGCAACUUCGACAUCACCUUCCAGGGCGAGCAGGGCGUGGACUGGGGCGGAGUGCGGCGCGAGUGGUUCUCUCUGGUGUGCGCGCAGCUGUUCGACCCGCGCUUCGGACUCUUCGUGCCCUUCCGCGACUCCCCCACCGCGCUCGUGCACCCCAACCCCCAGCGACCGCCGCACCUCAAGCUGAAGCACUUCGAGCUGGCGGGCAAGCUGGUGGGCAAGUGCCUGUACGAGUCGGCGCUGGGCGGCUCGCACCGGCAGCUGGUGCGCGCGCGGCUCACGCGCUCCUUCCUCGCGCAGAUCAUCGGCCUGCGCGUGCACUACAAGUACUUCGAGCAGGACGACCCGGAGCUGUACCUGUCCAAGAUCAAGUACGUGCUGGAGACGGACCUGGACGCGGAGGACGCGCUGGAGCUCACCUUCUCCGAGGACGUGUACGACGCCUCCGGCCGUCUGCUGCACACCACCGACCUCGUGCCCAACGGCUCCACCAUCAAGGUCAGCAACGCGAGCAAGCUGCAGUACCUGGAGGCGCUGGCGCAGUGGCGGCUGGCGGCGCGCGUGCGGCGCGAGGUGGCCGCCUUCCUGCGGGGCCUGGCGCUGCUCGUGCCCACCAACCUGCUCGCCAUCUUCGACGAGAACGAGCUCGAGCUGCUGGUGUGCGGCACGGGCGAGGUGUGCGUGGCGGACUGGCGCGCGCACGCGCUGGUGGCGGGCAGCGGGCGCGCCUGGGAGCGGCUGCUGGGCUGGUUCUGGGCCGCGCUCGCCAACUUCAGCGGCGAGGAGCGCGCGCGCCUGCUGCAGUUCACCACCGGCUGCUCGCAGCUGCCCCCCGGCGGCUUCCAGGAGCUGAACCCGCGGUUCCAGAUAACGGCGGCGCCGACGUUCGGGGCGCUGCCGACGGCGCACACGUGCUUCAACCAGCUGUGCUUGCCGGACUACGACAGCUACGAGCAGCUGGUGCACGCGCUGCUCUGGGCCAUCAACGAGGGCGGCGAGGGCUUCGGUAUGAUAUAGACCCCCCCCACAGGUAUUAUAAGUUCACUUAUAACUCGAGGCAAAAGACAACCCGCCACAAGGUCAAUGUCGACCGUGUGAAUAAAACUUGUAAAUAUUUAAAUGGUUGUGUCUUCAGAAAAUCCUUGGCCUUUUAAUUGACACAACUGAUAAAAAAAAUCAAUAACAUUGAAAUAAUAAAGAGAGUAUUGUGACACAUUUGUCUUCGCAGAAUCGGAUUAAAAAAAGUAAAUUAAGUA